UAAUCAACAUAAGAAGAAGCAAAAACAAAAUCUAGCCAUGAAGCAAGAAGCCGUUGAUCGAAAGAGGUAUGCUCUUCUACUUGCUGUGAGGGACUCUGAUUACGUGCGAACGAAGUAUGGUGGCUACUUCAAUGUCUUCAUUGAUGUCUUUGGGAGUGAAAACGAGAUUUGGGAUCUUUUUAGGGUUGUGGAUGGAGAGUUUCCUGAAGAGGAGGAACUAGAUAAGUAUGAUGGCUUCAUCGUGAGUGGUAGCCCUUAUGAUGCAUAUGGAGAUGAGAUAUGGAUUUUGAGGCUUUGUCUCCUACUGCAAACAUUAGAUUUUAUGAAAAAGAAAGUUCUAGGAGUAUGUUUUGGUCAUCAGGUUCUCUGUCGAGCUUUGGGAGGUCGUGUUGGCAAGGCUCUUGGAGGAUGGGAAGUUGGUAUCAAACAAAUCACCUUCGUCGAUGAUUUAUCAAAACAUUGCCCUUUCUUGAAAGACCUCCAUGAUUUUCCUCCUCAUGCUUCUAUCAUAGAGUGCCAUCAAGAUGAGGUAUGGGAGGCUCCAAUUGAUGCUAAGGUGAUUGCAUUUUCAAAGAGGACUGCAGUGGAAGCAUUCUGCAUUGAUGAACAUAUUCUGGGAAUUCAAGGGCAUCCAGAAUACACAAAAGACAUCUUAGACAAUCUCAUCGGUCGUCUGGUUGAUAAUAAUUCCAUUAAUGAGAGCGAAGGAGCAACAUUGAUGGAGAAGGAAGCCUGGAAGAGCUAAUUGCAGGAGUGCCAUCAAGCAUCGAGAAGUAGGGAGAGGCCAUGGGAAGAUUCAAGACGCUGUUGCCUCCGCUGGCGGAGAGGUGGCGGUUCCCCGGCGAGGAGGAGGAGGAGGAGGUGGAGGAUGAAGACACGCUUUCACUUCAAUGAGGUGUUGUUAAUGUGAUAUUGGCUUUAUUGGCUCAAUCACUUCUCUAUCUCCCUUUGGUUUUUUUUUUCCUUCAUAAUCUCUUCUUUUUUUUCUUUUUUUUGCAUUUUUUGAAUGAUUUCUGGGCAGAUGUGUAAUGUAUAUUGCAUUUUCUUGGAUUUACUGUUUUGUCCUGCAGCUAUUGUCAUGGGGUGAAUGGAGGAUGAUUUUUUCUUUGGUUAAAAUAUUUAUUGCAUGUUAUGAUAUUGAUAUGAUGAUAAAUGAGAAAUUGAUAUUUUCAAUACAAA